CUCGGCGAUACUUUCACAACACCACAGCUCUGCCAUCCACCCACCAUACAACUCAGUCCAUAAACCAAAACACCUCAAUUCCUCUCUACACACACAUUCAAGAUGUCUUGGUUACCAAAGAAAUUCCCGGCGCCUGUCGGUAAGUACUCUUGCCCCCGGGUGCUGCUCAAUUGCGCAACGAAGGAGCUUGGAAUGGACAGAAGCUAAUAUCGCAACCCUCUACAGCUAAGCCAUAUGCGCCAUUCUUCAUUGCUGGUACGUACCCUCGAUAGGCUAUACGACCGAUCCGGAAACUAUGCCGGGUCAAUUGGAGGAAUCCAAGAGGGUGCGAAGGACGAAGACUGAUGAGAGAUAUAGGCCUUGUUGUCAUGUAUGGUGUCAACUCUUUCCAGACCAUGAUGAUGAACAGUAUGUUGCCAUUUUCCUCAUGCGGAUCCUAUUCGUUAUUAGCAGUGGUACUUCUAGUCGACUACAGAAAAGUGCUAAUCCUGAAACUCCAGCCGACGAGUUCAAGAAUGACCCAAGAAACCCAAACGCCGGAAAGGCUACCGAAAAACACUGAGUUUGAUAUGAUGGAAGGAUCGGAAGGGGCUGUGGAUAUAUUUCGAACAGGGUGGUUUUAGGAAGCUCCAUAUCGACUGAUGGAGGGGCAUUGUAUCAUACCAUUAUUGCUGGGGGAAAGCCAUCGAAACC